GUGAUCGACGAUCCACGACAACUUAUUAAACUUCCAUUUCCACCAGAAAUUAAUCCCAAAGAUUUGGUUAUUUUACAUCCUGAUGGUCGUAUUCCUAAACCACCUAAUGCUUUUAUUAUCUACCGAAAAUUAUUUGUUGAAACUGCUCGUGCUGGCGGUUAUAGCUUGCCAAUGAAUAUUAUAUCUUCAAUGGCAUCUCGAUCAUGGGAACAGGAAUCAGAUGAAAUAAAAAAUGAAUAUAAAAGAAUAGCAAAAGAAGCAUUUGUUUAUCGUAAUGAGUUAUUCCCUAAAGUAAAACCUCAAAAGAAAAGAACUCAAUGGAAAACUGUUUCAUUUGAUAAACCUUCUAAUCGUAAGGCUAAAAUGAAUAAACCUAUGAGAUCAGUCAAUAAGCCCACAAAACAUCAACAACUUGAAUCAUCCGCAUUUAAUCCUGAUAUUAUUCUUGACGAAAAUUUGUUGUCUUCCGAAUUUUCACCCGACUUUUCAAUUGAAUCAUCUUCUGAAUUGUUUAGUGACUUAAAUGUUAUUGAUACGAAUUCACCAAUCUUUAACAUUGAUUUAUUUGCUGAUUGGGCCGAUUUCCUUAAUGAUCAAAAUACUUAUCCUAGUCCCGAUUUAUCAACUCCUAGCAACUAUAGUUCUCCUAGUAUAAAUGAUGAUUUGGAAUUUGAUUUAGAAAUCUCUUCUCCAGUUCAAUGCUUUGAUUUACCAAUUCAAGCAGAUCACCAAAUCAAUGAUGAUAUCAUAAAUAACCUUUUAUACAUUAAUGAAGACCAAUCAAUUAUUUAUGAUAGUCAAUAUGGACUUGGAAUUUUCGAUUUCUCUAAUGAAAUUCCUGAAAUAAAUUCACAUGAUCUACAUGAAAUAUUUAAUAUACAAAAUACAUGCAUUCCUGAUCAACCAUCGUUCUCUUCUAAUUUAUUAAAUACAUCAAUAAAUCAGGAUUAUUCAAAUGAUGCAUUAAUUGCUUAUGAGAUGG